AUCAAAUGUUAUUGCCCAUAUUUCAAUCUUCAUUCUUCUAGAUUGAUAUGCCUUCUAUAACUGUCAAUGUGAAGGUUUUCUUAAACAAAAUGGUUAUCGAAGGAUUCAAUGGUGGAGAGCAAAAGGUGUUGGAGUUUGUUUAAACAAGUUAUUGUAUUGAGUGGGAUUACGCUAUGUAUAUAUAAUUAAAGACAAUUUAGAAGUCAGAAUAAUUAAUUAAGUGGCUUCACAUUAUGUUAAUAUGAUCAAAGACAAUAUUAAUUCGAAGGAGAAGUGUAAAGUGUAACUGGACUGAGAAGUGUUUUAAAAGGCAAAAUUGGUUUUUUCAAUUGGGAAAAAGAGUUUUCCUUCUAGAAAAUGAUAAAGAAGACUGAGCACUGUGAAGUAACAAUAUUCGUUAUUCUUUUAAGAUUUUUCAAGUUUUACGGGGUGAAAAUUUAAAAGUGAUAAAAGUGCUUCAAGACAAUAAGGUAAACAUGUAUUCCUAUUAAAAUAUUUAGACCAAUCUAGAAUUAUAGGUCAAUCAUUUAUUAAAUCAAAAGCCUCACGUGAAUCUUCUUCACUGCGAUGAAUUCUACAUGGACGAACAACAAAUCUAUUUAGUGAUGGAUUAUCACGAUUCAUCAUUGGAGGAUUUGUAACAUGAAUACAGUAAUAAAAUAAUACCCCUCAAUAUUAUUCGAACAAUCUUAUAAUAAUUAUUAGAAGGUAUUUAAAAUAAUUAUAAUUAAAGGACUUAAUCAUUUGCAUUCAAACCAAAUAAUCCAUAAGGACUUGAAGUACGGCAAUAUAUUGUUGACUCCAAACAAAACAGUCAAGAUCUUCGAUUUCGGCUUAUCACAAAUAGGCUAAAAUACUACUAUCCGAUCUGGAACAGGAGGUUAUUUAGCUCCUGAAGUUUUUCAGAAUUAACCGAUUACUUCGAAAAGUGACAUCUUCAGUCUCGGAGUGAUAUUCCACAAAAUGUUGACUGGAAAGGGGGUAUUCAAAAACCUCAAUGAGAACAUGGCUGGAAAAAUGAAGAUUAGUUCUCAAUUGAAGGAUAAGAAUGCCAAAGAUUUACUAUUAUCAAUGUUGAAUUAGGAUCCCGAAUUAAGAUUUACAGCUGAGGACUGUUUGGCUCAUCCUUUUUUCAUAGGGGAAUACGAUAAACCUUCAUAAAAGUAUGAUGUCUAUAUCAGCUUAUAGGAUAUGUCUUAGCAAUUAUUUGAGUCCUCUGUCUCAAUAUAAAUUGUAUCCACAGUCUACUUAAAUAAUUAGCUUAUCUUUGUGA